UCGUCGAAGAAAAAAAGAACUUAUUGAUGACAUUGAGAGGCUGAAAUAUGAAAUCGCUGAAGUGAUGACUGAGAUUGACAAUCUGACUUCAGUGGAGGAGAGCAAAACUACCCAGAGGAACAAGCAGAUCGCUAUGGGGAGGAAGAAAUUCAACAUGGAUCCCAAAAAGGGAAUUCAGUUUCUAAUAGAAAAUGACCUGCUGCAGAACUCCCCAGAAGACGUAGCCCAGUUCCUGUAUAAAGGAGAAGGCCUAAAUAAGACUGUCAUUGGGGACUAUCUGGGAGAAAGGGAUGACUUUAAUAUUAAAGUUCUUCAAGCAUUUGUCGAACUCCAUGAGUUUGCUGAUCUGAACCUCGUGCAAGCCUUAAGGCAGUUCUUGUGGAGCUUCCGGCUCCCCGGGGAGGCGCAGAAGAUCGACCGCAUGAUGGAGGCGUUCGCGUCCCGCUACUGCCUGUGCAACCCCGGCGUCUUCCAGUCCACAGACACCUGCUACGUGCUGUCCUUCGCCAUCAUCAUGCUCAACACCAGCCUCCACAACCACAACGUGCGGGACAAGCCCACGGCCGAGCGCUUCGUCACCAUGAACCGCGGCAUCAACGAGGGGGGGGACCUCCCGGAAGAGCUGCUGCGGAACCUGUACGAGAGCAUCAAGAACGAGCCGUUCAAGAUCCCCGAGGACGACGGCAACGACCUGACGCACACGUUCUUCAACCCCGACCGCGAGGGCUGGCUCCUGAAGCUGGGAGGGCGGGUGAAGACCUGGAAGCGCCGCUGGUUCAUCCUCACCGACAACUGCCUCUACUACUUCGAGUACACGACAGACAAGGAGCCCAGGGGGAUCAUCCCCUUGGAGAACCUGAGCAUCAGGGAGGUGGAGGACCCGCGCAAACCGAACUGUUUCGAGCUUUAUAACCCGAGCCACAAGGGCCAGGUCAUCAAGGCCUGCAAAACAGAGGCAGACGGCCGGGUGGUGGAGGGGAACCACGUGGUGUACCGCAUCUCCGCCCCGAGCCCCGAGGAGAAGGAGGAGUGGAUGAAGUCCAUCAGAGCGAGCAUCAGCAGGGAUCCUUUCUAUGACAUGCUGGCCACGAGGAAGAGGAGGAUUGCCAAUAAGAAAUAGAUCUCUCCCGGCCUCAACAGAGACUUACUCUCUCGCCGUGAGCAGGGAGAGCGCGCGCUGUGGGAUGGAGGCGCCGGGCACUUAGGGUUUCCUGUAAAUAGUGUAAAGCCCCGGAUACGUGCAGGUGGUGGACCCUGAGACGAUCCCCCACCGGGCGGCUGUCAGGUUGCUGUUGAUCUAAUAGUAGGUGCUCAGGACGUCUGCCGGAGGGAGGAUGGCUCUCAGGGCAGCACAGGGCUGCCGCGGGCCGAGGCUGGGGUGCUGUG